UUUUAAGAAGAUUGGAUUUGGCCUUCAGAACAAACGUGCUUGGAAAACCACGCUUUACUAACAAAAGAAGGUGGCGGUGGUGGAAACAACAACGCGCCUCUGUCUCUCUCACUCUCCGACCCAAAACUCCCUCGGCCCCACGCCACCAUCCAUGGCCAAUUCCUCGUAGUCUGCUCCGCCAUUGACCGCCGUAGUGAUCCCCUCAGACGGCGGCAGUAUCUUAGCUCAAAUCGCCAUCGAAAUCGAAGUACAUUUCUGCUCUUCACACAUCAGUUCUGGAGUUUCUCUGUAGAUAGUGUGUGAUUGUGGUGGAAACUAGUAAGAAUGGGGAGAUUACGGCUACAAUCUAGUAUCAAGGCAAUUGAGGAGGAACCGGAAGACUGUGAGGCUACCUCGUCCAGUAAAGCUGCAAUAGCAAGUAUGGUUAAUUCAGAAGUAGGAGCUUUAUUGUCAAUUAUGAGGAGGAAUGUGCGGUGGGGAGGCCGUUACGUUUCUGGAGAUGACCAGCUUGAGCACUCCCUCAUCCAGUCUCUCAAGACUUUGAGAAAACAAAUUUUUUCUUGGCAGCAUCAUUGGGAUGCUAUCAAUCCUGUUUUAUAUCUGCAGCCGUUUUUGGAUGUAAUUAAAUCUGAUGAAACAGGUGCACCCAUCACUAGUGUUGCGUUGUCAUCUGUUUAUAAGAUUUUAACUCUUGAUGUGCUUGAUUUGAGUACUGCCAACAUUGCGGAUGCGAUGCAUUUGGUAGUUGAUUCUGUGACUAGCUGUAGAUUUACGAUAACUGAUCCGGCAUCAGAAGAAGUGGUAUUCAUGAAGGUUCUUCAGGUUCUUUUGGCUUGCAUGAAAGGCAAAACAUCUGUGGUUUUAAGUAAUCAACAUGUGUGCAACAUUGUGAAGACGUGCAUUCUGGUUGUUCAGCAAGCUCGCACCAAGGGUGAGUUAUUACAGGGGGUAGCUCGGCACACUAUGCAUGAACUUGUUAGAUGUAUCUUUUCACAUCUUCCCGAUGUUGACAAAGCUGAUCGUUCUGUGGUUAAAGGCAGCAAUUCCAUCAAGCCUGAGGUUGAUGGCAUUGAUGCAGACUACAGUUUCAUUGGUAAAGAGAAUGGCAGUGAGUAUGAAAGUCAACUAUCAUCUGGAGCUUUUGCUUCUGCGGCUUCUGCUGCUCUUAGUGAUAAUUUUCCGAAGACUGAUAAUGGAAAGGAUACCGUUCCUUAUGAAUUGCAUCCAUAUGGUGUCCCUUGCAUGGUUGAAACAUUCUACAACCUUUGUAAAUUGCUUGUCGAACAUGAGGAAAUGGGACCCAGAGCAAAUUCCAUGGCAUUUGAUGAGGAUGAAGCCCUUUUUGCUUUAGGUUUGAUUAAUUCAGCUAUUGAACUGGGUGGCCCUGCUAUCCGCCGUUACCCUCGAUUGUUGAGCUUGGUCCAGGAUGCACUAUUCAGUAAUCUAAUGCAUUUCAGUCUGUCGAUGAGUCCACUAAUUCUUUCAAUGGUCUGCAGUAUUGUUCUGAAUCUUUACCAGCACCUGCGCAUGGAACUCAAGUUACAGCUGGAGGCUUUCUUUACCUGUGUGAUAUUGAGGCUCUCCCAAAGCCGUUUUGGGGCGUCAUAUCAGCAGCAGGAGGUUGCCAUGGAAGCCCUAGUUGAUUUCUGUCGGCAAAAAACUUUCAUGGUGGAGAUGUAUGCAAAUCUAGAUUGUGAUAUAACUUGCAGUAAUGUGUUUGAAGAGCUUGCAAAUCUACUCUCUAAGAGUGCAUUUCCUGUGAAUAGUCCUUUAUCUGCAAUGCACAUUCUUGCAUUGGAUGGCCUUAUAGCAGUAAUUCAGGGUAUGGCUGAGAGGGUAGGAAAUGGAUCAUUUAGUUCAGAAUAUGGCCCAGUAAAUCUUGAGGAAUAUACUCCAUUUUGGAUGCUCAAGUGCGAGAAUUAUAAUGAACCAGAUAAUUGGGUUCCCUUUGUCAGGAAGAGGAAAUACAUCAAGAGACGCUUGAUGAUUGGAGCUGACCAUUUCAACAGGGAUCCGAAGAAAGGGUUAGAAUUUCUCCAGGGAACGCACCUUUUGCCUGAAAAACUUGACCCCCAAAGUGUGGCUUGUUUUUUCAGGUAUACUGCAGGUUUGGAUAAAAAUCUUGUUGGAGAUUUUCUUGGAAAUCAUGAUGAAUUCUGUGUUCAGGUUCUUCACGAGUUUGCUAGAACAUUUGAUUUCCAAGAUAUGAAACUAGAUACAGCAUUGAGGCUAUUCUUGGAGACUUUUCGACUGCCUGGAGAAUCUCAAAAAAUCCAGAGGGUGCUCGAGGCAUUUUCAGAAAGAUAUUAUGAGCAAUCACCACAGAUUCUAGCGAAUAAGGAUGCUGCUCUCUUGCUAUCUUACUCAUUAAUUAUGCUCAACACAGACCAGCAUAAUGUCCAGGUGAAGAAAAAGAUGACCGAAGAGGACUUCAUUCGAAAUAAUCGACUUAUAAAUGGAGGUAGUGAUCUCCCACGUGAAUUCUUAUCGGAGUUGUAUUAUUCUAUCUGCAAGAAUGAAAUCCGAACUACACCUGAACAAGGAUCUGGAUUUUCAGAAAUGACCCCAAGUAGAUGGAUUGAUUUGAUGCACAAAUCAAAGAAAAGUGCUCACUACAUUGUUUCAGAUUCCAGAGCAUACCUUGAUCAUGACAUGUUUGCUAUAAUGUCCGGUCCGACUAUUGCCGCCAUUUCUGUUGUCUUUGACCAUGCUGAACAUGAAGAAGUUUACCAAACCUGUAUUGAUGGGUUCUUAGCUGUUGCAAAAAUUUCAGCAUGUCAUCAUCUUGAAGAUGUGUUGGAUGAUCUUGUUGUGUCUCUCUGUAAGUUUACAACAUUGUUAAAUCCCUCACCAGUUGAAGAACCUGUCCUGGCGUUUGGUGAUGAUAUCAAGGCUCGGAUGGCCACUGUCACUGUUUUCACUAUAGCUAACAGGUACGGUGAUUUUAUCCGCACUGGAUGGAGAAAUAUUUUGGAUUGUAUCUUAAGGCUGCAUAAGCUUGGUCUUCUUCCUGCUCGGGUUGCUAGUGAUGCAGCUGAUGACUCAGAUAUGUCUCCUGAACCGGGACAGGGAAAGCCGCUCACUAAUUCUUUAUCUUCUGUUCAAGUGCAAGCUAUUGGUACUCCUAGAAGAUCCUCUGGGUUGAUGGGGAGAUUCAGUCAGCUGCUAUCAUUGGAUACAGAGGAGCCAAGGUCUCAACCUACUGAACAACAACUUGCUGCUCACCAGCGCACUCUUCAGACAAUUCAGAAAUGUCAUAUUGAUAGCAUAUUCACUGAGAGUAAAUUUCUUCUGGCUGAGUCUUUGUUGCAGCUUGCACGUGCUCUUAUUUGGGCUGCAGGGCGGCCUCAAAAGGGUAACAGCUCUCCUGAAGAUGAGGAUACUGCUGUUUUUUGUUUGGAGUUGCUUAUUGCUAUUACACUUAAUAAUCGGGACAGGAUUGGACUUCUUUGGCAAGGUGUGUAUGAACACAUUGCUAGCAUUGUACAGUCGACCGUAAUGCCUUGUGCCCUUGUUGAGAAAGCUGUUUUUGGCCUCCUCCGUAUUUGUCAGAGGCUCCUUCCUUACAAAGAGAACUUGGCCGAUGAGCUGUUGAGAUCUCUGCAACUAGUUCUCAAACUUGAUGGCAGGGUUGCUGAUGCAUAUUGUGAGCAGAUAACUCAGGAAGUAAAUCGUCUGGUCAAAGCAAAUGCUUCGCAUAUAAAAACACAAAUGGGAUGGCGAACUAUAACAUCUUUACUUUCAUUUACGGCCAGACACCUGGAAGCUUCGGAACCGGGGUUUGAUGCCCUGUUAUUUAUCAUGUCUGAUGGAGCUCACUUGUCACCAGCUAAUUAUGUUCUUUGCAUAGAUUCAGCGAGACAAUUUGCAGAGUCUCGAGUUGGACAGGUCGAAAGGUCUGUUCGUGCAGUGGACCUUAUGGCUGGUUCUGUUACUUGUUUAACCCGGUGGGAUGAAGAAGCUAAGGGAUCUGUGGUGGAGGUUGAUGCAAUGAAAGUUUGCCAGGAGAUAGGGGAGAUGUGGUUGAGGCUGACCCAGGCAUUGAGGAAAGUUUGUUUGGACCAGCGAGAGGAAGUCAGGAACCAUGCUCUUUUAUCACUGCAAAUGUGCUUGACAGGAGUAGAGGGAGUUAAAAUCCCACAUAAUUUGUGGUUGCAGUGCUUUGAUAUGGUGAUAUUCACGAUGCUUGAUGACUUGAUUGAAAUAGCACAGGGGCAUUCCCAGAAGGAUUAUAGAAACAUGGAAGGAACUCUUGUCCUGGCCCUGAAGCUCCUGUCUAAGGUGUUUCUACAACUACUUGUGGAGUUAUCGCAGCUGACGACCUUCUGCAAACUAUGGCUGGGUGUACUUAGUCGGAUGGGGAAGUAUAUGAUGGUGAAAGUCAGAGGUAAAAAGAGUGACAAGCUGCAGGAAUUAGUUCCAGAGCUGCUGAAGAACGCGUUUCUUGUGAUGAAGACAAAGGGUGUCCUGGUUCAAAGAAGUGCUCUUGGAGGGGAUAGCCUGUGGGAGUUGACAAGGUUACAUGUACAUAAUAAUCUUCCUUCUCUGGAGUCUGAUUUAUUCCCCGAUAAAGAUUCUGAACCAUCAAACCAGGAUCAAGGUGCAGGGUUAGCAUUUAGGGUAACUGUAGAGGUUCUUUUGGCAUGCAUGAAAGGCAAAACAUCUGUGCUUUUAAGUAAUCAAGAUGUCUGCAAGAUUGUGAAGACAUGCAUUCUGGUCAUUCAACAAGCCCUCGCAAAGGAUGUUGACAAAGCUGAUCUUUCUUUUCUUAAAGGCAGCAAUUCCAUGGUUGAUGGCGUUGAUGCAGACUACAUUUUCAUUGGUAAAGAGAAAGGAGAUGAGUUUGGAAGUCAACUAUCAUCUGAAGAUUUCACUUCUUCCACUGCUCUUAGUGGUGUGCCUGUUGAUAGUUUAUCCAAGACUGAUAUUGAAAAGGGUGCCGUUCCUUAUGAUUUGCUUCCAUUUGGAAUCCUUUGCAUGGUUGAAACAUUUUAUAGUCUUUCUGUUGAGUUGGGCGGCCCUGCCAUUCGUCAUCACCCACAAUUGUUGAGUUUGGUGCAGGAUUCACUGUUCAGUAAUCUGAUGCAUUUCAGUCCGUCAAUGAGUCCACCGAUUCUUUCGAUAGUCUGCAGUAUUGUUCUGAAUCUUUACCAGCACUUGCGAGUGGAUCUCAAGUUACAGCUUGAGGCUUUCUUUACCUGUGUGAUAUUGAGGCUCUCCCAAAGCCGUUAUGGGGCUUCAUAUCUGCAACAGGAAGUUGCCAUGGAAACCCUAGUUGAUUUCUGUCGGCAAAAUACUUUUAUGGCUGAGAUGUACGCAAAUUUUGAUUGUGACAUAACUUGCAGUAACGUGUUUGAACAGCUUGUAAAUCUACUCUGCCAGAGUGCUUUUCCCGUGAAUAGUCCUUUAUCUGCAAUACACAUUCUUGCCUUGGAUGGUCUUAUUGCAGUAAUUCAGGGUAUGGCUGAGAGGAUAGGACAUGGAUCAUUUAGUUCAGAAUAUGGCACAGUAACUCUUGAGGAGUUUGCUCCAUUUUGGAUGCUCAAGUGCGAGAAUUAUAAUGAACCAGAUAAUUGGGUUCCCUUUGUAAGGAAGAGGAAAUACAUCAAGAGACGCUUGAUGAUUGGCGCUGACCAUUUCAACAGGGAUCCGAAAAAAGGGUUUGAGUUUCUCCUACGAACACAUCUUCUGCCCGAAAAACUUGACCCCCAAAGUGUUGCUUGUUUUUUCAGGUAUACUGCAGGUUCUCUUCCAGAGUUUGCUAGAACAUUUGAUUUCAAAGAUAUGAAUCUGGAUACAGCAUUGCGGUUAUUCUUGGAGACCUUUCGACUGCAUGGAGAACCUCAACAGAUCCAGAGGGUGCUUGAGGCUUUUUCAGAAAGAUACUAUGAGCAAUCACCACAGAUUCUAGCGAAUGAAGAUGUUGUGUUUGUGGUUUCUUACUCAUUAAUUAUGCUCAACACUGACCGGCAUAAUGUCCAGGUGAAGAACAAGAUGACGGAAGAGGCCUACAUUCGGAAUUUGCUGCGUGAAUAUAAUCUCUCACCUGAAUUCUUAUCGGAGUUGUAUAAUUCUGUCCGCAAGAAUGAAAUCCAAGUUACACCAGAACAAGGUGCUGGAUUUGCAGAAAUGACCCCAUGUAGAUGGAUUGAUUUGAUGCAUAAAUCAAAAAGAAGCACUCAAUACAUUGUUUCAGAUUCUAGAGCGUACCUUGAUCUUGACAUGUUUCUAAAAAUGUCAAGUCCGACUGUUUUUGCCAUUUCUGAAGCCUUUGACAAUGCAGAAGAUGAAGAUGUUUGCCAAACAUGUAUUGAUGGAUUCUUAGCUGUAGCAAAAAUUUCAGCUUUUCACUGUCUUGAAGAUGUUUUAUAUGAUCUUGUUGUGUCUCUCUGUAAGUUUACAACAUUGUUAAAUCCAUCUACAGCUGAGGAACCAGUUUUGGCAUUUGGUGGUGAUAUCAAGGCCCAGAUGGCCACUAUCACCGUCUUCACUAUAGCUAAUAGGUAUGGUGAUUUUCUCCACACUGGAUGGAGAAAUAUCUUGGAUUGCAUCUUAAAGUUGCAUAAGCUUGGUCUUCUUCCUGCUCGGUUAGCUGGCAAUGCAGCUGAUAACUCAGAUAUGUCUCUCGAGCCAGGACAGGUGCAAGCUAUUGGUACUCCUCGAAGAUCUUCUGGGUUGAUGAGGCGUUUCAGUCAGCUGCUAUCUUUGGACCCAGAGGAGCCAAAGUCUCAACCGAGAGAACAACAACUUGCUGCUCACGAAUGGUCUUUCCAGACGAUUCAAAAAUGUCAAAUUGACAGCAUAUUCGCAGAGAGUAGAUUUCUUCUGGAUGACUCUUUGUUACAGCUUGCAGGUGCACUUGCAUGGGCUUCCGGGCGACCUCAGAAGGGUAGUAGCUCUCCUGAAGAUGAGGAUACUGCUGUUUUUUGUUUGGAGUUGCUUAUUGCAAUUACACUUAACAAUCGGGACAGGAUUGGACUGCUCUGGCAAGUUGUGUAUGAACACAUAGCUAACACUGUUCAGUCAACUGUAACGCCUUGCGCCCUAGUUGAGAAAGCUAUUUUUGGCAUCUUUCAUAUUUGUCAGAGGCUCCUUCCUUACAAAGAGAACUUGGCUGAUGAACUGUUGAGAUCACUGCAACUAAUUCUCAAACUUGAAGCGAGGAUUGCUGAUGCAUACUGUGAGCAUAUAACUCAGGAAUUUGCAGAGUCUCAAAUUGGACAGGUCGAAAGAUCUGUUCGUGCAGUCGACCUUAUGGCUGGCUCUGUUGUUUGUCUAACAAGGUGGGAUAAAGAUAGCAAGGGAUGUACAAUGCAGGUUGAUGCAAUGGAAGUUUGCCAGGAGAUAGGAGAGAUGUGGUUGAGGCUGACCCAGGCAUUGAGGAAAGUUUGUUUGGACCAGCGAGAGGAAGUCAGGAACCAUGCGCUUUUAUCACAGCAAAUGUGGUUGAGUGGAGUAGAGGGAGUUAAGAAAAUCCCACAUAAUUUGUGGUUGCAGUGUUUCGACAUGGUCAUAUUCACCAUGCUUGAUGACUUGAUUGCAAUAGCACAGGGACAUUCCCAGAAGGAUUACAGAAACAUGGAAGGAACUCUUGUCCUGGCCCUGAAGCUCCUGUCUAAGGUGUUUCUACAACUACUUGUGGAGUUAUCGCAGCUGACGACCUUCUGCCAGAAUAAGGGAGUAGCAUAUAUAUAUCAGGCAUAA